GCUCUCUGUAAGUCGGGGUAGAAACAGAGGUCUAGGACCUCUACACCCCUUCCCGCUCUCCGGCAAACUCUUCUGAAGUCGUGUGCACAGAUUCGGGAUGAUGCAUCUGUAAAAUCAGCCCCAAACAGGCAAGUGGGAUAUUGUGGAGACACUUCUGAAAGGAUUGAGGUAAUGGCUGCCGAGGGAGAGCCUCCAGUCCAGUUCAAGCUUGUCCUCGUGGGCGAUGGUGGUACUGGGAAGACGACGUUUGUAAAACGCCACUUGACUGGUGAAUUUGAAAAGAAGUAUGUGGCCACCCUGGGCGUGGAGGUACAUCCUCUGAUGUUCCACACCAGCAGAGGGCCCAUCAAGUUUAACGUCUGGGACACUGCUGGCCAGGAAAAGUUUGGGGGCCUGCGAGACGGCUAUUACAUCCAAGCCCAGGGUGCCAUUAUAAUGUUCGAUGUAACAUCAAGAGUUACUUACAAAAAUGUGCCCAACUGGCAUAGAGAUCUGGUACGGGUGUGUGAAAACAUCCCCAUUGUGCUGUGUGGCAACAAAGUGGAUGUUAAAGACAGAAAAGUGAAGGCGAAGUCUAUUGUCUUUCACCGCAAGAAGAAUCUUCAAUACUAUGACAUUUCUGCCAAAAGCAACUACAACUUUGAGAAGCCCUUCCUCUGGCUCUCCAGAAGACUCACUGGCGACUCUAACUUGGAGUUCGUUGCCAUGCCGGCUCUAGCGCCACCUGAGGUGAUCAUGGACCCAGCAUUAGCAAAGAAAUAUGAACGUGACUUGGAGGUAGCACAGACCACUGCCCUCCCUGAUGAGGAUGACGACCUAUGAGAAAGUGAAGCUUGGAAGGCAUCGCAAGCCUAGGGGGACAGGAAAAUGAGCUAUAACAUCAGCUGUGUGGCCUGUGUGUCACCUUGCUACUUAACUAAGCAGACUCGGACUCCCAAGUCUAUGGGAGCCAAACAGAAGACUUCGGAGUGAAUGUGGCAGUUACAAACAUACUUUCCGUCUGGAAUUCGCAGAUUUAGCUGCUUGGUGUGCAUUUGUUUCUUCUCAGUUCAAAACUAAGAGUGCUGCAGUUACAUCCUGUAUUCUGUGGCAAGAUCUUGGUACUGUAAUUCCAUUCCUUUUGCUUAAAAUAAAGUAGCAUUUCAAACACCAAAA